AAGACUCUUACCCCGUAAUUUUUUUCCGACAAAAUAAGUUCCAAUAGUUUCAAUACAGUUGAAAUAAACACAAAAUAGAAGUGAACUUCAAGACAAAACUAUAAACACAAAAAAACACAAUUACUACAUAAUUUGGGCAAAGACGAGUAGCAGAGCAAAAAUGGCGGGUACUGAGAAGAAGCUCUUAACAGAACUCCAUGAAUCUGGCAUUUAUGAUUUCCCUAAUUCACUCACAUUCUUCAUUGAUCCUGUUCGAAUUCUCAAUCGUAACUACACUCAAUUUAGGGUUUCCCCUUCUUCCUAUUAUUCUCGCUUCUUUACUUCCAAUUUCACCAUUGAUGAACUACCAGAACACAAACAAGAAAAUGAAGAGAGUUUUAGGGUUUCUGCAAGUUUAGGUAAGAGAAAACGAAACCAAAAAAAGAAGAAAAAUCAGCAAUGUUAUUCUCUUAAUGAGAAGGAAUUACUCGCCGAUCAAAGACACCAGGAAAUUAGGCCUUUAUUAGUGAAGGCACAUGAAGAAUUGCUAAGAGCUAAGGAACUGUUAGAUGUAAUUUGUGAGCUUAAUUGUGAAAUUGAUGGUUGGGAACGUUGUGUUGAUUUGAAUUCUGGUGGAAUUAAUGAAGAAGAUGAAAUUUCGUUUAUUGAGCUUGGAAAAGUUUGGCAAGCUCCCUUGUAUGAAAUUGCUCUUGAUUAUACUCAAGCUAGCAAACAGGUCCAAGUAAAUGGAGGUUCCCUUGACACUCAGCACAUUGAUCAAAGGUUACUCCCGUUAUUCAAUAACUUAGUCUCAAAUGAGACAAACUAUGAUAUGGUGGCAGAAUUUCAGACAAGUCAGUACAUUUUACCAAAAGAUAGCUGCUUCUACAUGUCUGAACUGGAGCAGAUUCACACCUUAGUUCCUGCUAACUUGGAAUGUGGGUUUAAUUUUAUAAUGGUUGAUCCACCAUGGGAAAACAGAAGUGCAUAUCAGAAGUCAAAGUACCCUACUUUGCCAAACCGGCACUUUUUGUCACUUCCGAUCAAGCAACUUACCCAUACAAGUGGAGCACUCGUAGCUUUAUGGGUGACAAACAGGGAGAAAUUGCGGAAGUUUGUUGAAAAUGAACUGUUUCCUGCAUGGGGAGUCAGAUAUGCAGCUACAUUAUAUUGGUUAAAAGUGAAAGCUGAUGGGUCUUUGAUUUGUGACCUAGACCUCUUUCAUCACCGGCCUUAUGAAUGCCUUCUUCUUGGAUACACUGGAAAACCUGUAACAGAUUCUGAGCUAACAGCCACAGCAAAGUCUUUAAAAGAUCAAGUAGUGAUGACCAUUCCAGGGGACUACUCAAGAAAGCCCCCAGUAGGAGGUAUAUCCAUCCUCCUCUUCGCAGCUAGUACAGAGAAUCUUCUCGAUUUGCUCCUGGAGUAUGUGCCAGGACCCAGACCUGCUCGUUGCAUUGAGCUGUUUGCCAGAGAAAUGAUGGCUGGAUGGACAUCUUGGGGAAAUGAACCUCUUCACUUUCAAGACAGGAGAUAUUUUUCAAGGAAGAUAACUGAAAACUGCACUAAUUACAGAGAACUUUAAACUAAUGUAAUGUGCUAUGUUGCUUAAACAUAUUCAAAGACUAUACAGCUUUUGAUACAAAUUGAGGUGAGGAAUCUGAGGAUCAAUUGUUCUGAAUAGCUCUUCAACAGCAAAGGAAUUGCAAAUUAUGCAGCACCCCAGGACAAGGGAUGACAGAUAUCUCGACAAAGAAUGGACAAGAUGAAAGCCAUCUGUUAACUUCUGCGUAUCAGAUGUAUAGCUAUGUUGCUGCUACAGUUAUGCUUUCGCAUUGUAAAAUUUCUGUGGUUCACACUCCCUACUCAAUUCAGAACCAGGAGCUGAGCUCUUUGUCAGUUAAAUAUUCAUCAUUUAUGAUAUCAAUCAGUUCGUACUUUGAUAUUUUAUUGUA